GUAUAGGUUGGCAUCGCCCGGGGAAUUCAACCGGUCAUGGCUAGCUUCAUGUCAAGCUUCUUUCCUGGUGGAAAAGCAGCCAAUGCUUCUGGCGAAAACAGUACCUCACGCCCUGCUACACCGUCUACCAAGUUGGACAACUUCCUCAAUCCUGUGAGCACGCCUCAAGGUAGCCCCAGCAAGAAGACCAAUCCUCCUGGCGCGCACGACCUUCCUUCCGCCUUCGAAAGUGCCCUGAACCUCAACAAUCCCACAAUUGAGCCGCCCCUCAGAUUGGGACGCCCUCAGAGUGUCGUGACCCCGCUGGCACCCGGCAAGACCAAAACCCAGCCUCUCGACGAGUCCAGUCCGAAUGUCGAUGAAAGUGUCGUCCACAAGUCACGACCGGGGAGCCCUAAUAAGAAGCAAGGCCAGGAAAAUACCCCUCCAACAUCUCGCUUGGCCACCCUCGAAUCUCCCCAUCAACACAGCCAUGCUGCUGUUACCCGUCAACAGCUCUAUGAGCAGAGGGACCGACCUACUACACCCGCGACCAAACGAUUCAACACACAUCGAGGCUUGACAGCAGAGGAGCGUGAAAUCCUCCAAAAACCCAACGUCAAGCGACUGGUGAAUGUUACGCAACUUUAUUUCCUAGACUAUUAUUUCGAUCUUCUCACAUACGUUGGCGCUCGUCAAAACCGAUUACAAGCUUUCAAGAAUGAAUACCCCCCGCCCCCAGAGACCGAUGAACAGACGCACAACCAAAUGUGGGCCAAGUAUGCUGGGCGAGAGCGCGCCAACCUUCGCAAGCGUCGAGUACGGCUUCGACACGGAGACUUCCAAAUCCUGACCCAGGUUGGUCAGGGCGGCUAUGGCCAAGUCUUCUUAGCCCAAAAGAAAGACACCCGUGAGGUCUGCGCUCUCAAAGUCAUGAGCAAGAAGCUACUUUUCAAGCUGGAUGAAGUUCGUCACGUCUUGACCGAGAGAGAUAUUCUUACAACCGCUCAGAGUGAGUGGCUGGUUAGACUCCUCUACUCUUUCCAGGAUGAGAGGAGUAUCUAUCUCGCUAUGGAGUACGUGCCUGGGGGUGACUUCCGCACCCUGCUUAACAAUACUGGUGUGCUAUCGAACCGCCACGCCCGCUUCUACAUCGCCGAGAUGUUUUGCUCAGUAGACGCUCUGCACCAACUGGGCUACAUCCACCGGGAUCUCAAGCCCGAGAACUUUCUGGUCGAUUCGACGGGUCACAUCAAGUUGACCGAUUUUGGUCUUGCUGCCGGUGUCUUGGCCCCAUCCAAGAUCGAGUCGAUGCGCGUCAAGCUGGAAAAGGCUUCUGAGAGUUCAGUCCCUUUCGGCAAGCCCAUGGAUCAGCGAACCGUGGCUGAACGUCGAGAGAGCUACCGGACGAUGCGUGAAAAUGAUGUCAACUACGCCAAAUCCAUCGUAGGCUCACCCGACUACAUGGCUCCCGAGGUCCUUAGAGGGGAGGAAUACGACUUUACAGUAGAUUACUGGAGUUUAGGUUGUAUGCUGUUUGAAGCUCUCACGGGGUUCCCUCCCUUCGCAGGUGCCACCCCCGAUGAGACGUGGCGCAACCUGAAACACUGGAAGGAAGUUCUGAAGAGACCUGUGUGGGAGGAUCCCAACUAUUUCCUGAGUAACCGAACCUGGAACUUCAUCUGCACGUGUAUCAACUCCCGCUCAAGACGGUUCUCGAAUAUUACUGAUAUCUUUGCUCAUCAAUACUUUGCCGAAGUUGAAUGGGAUGUUUUACGACAGACUCGUGCACCAUUUGUCCCUGAGCUGGACUCGGAGACCGAUGCGGGCUACUUCGAUGACUUUACCAACGAAGCUGACAUGGCAAAGUACAAGGAAGUUCAUGACAAGCAACAAGCUCUCGAGACCAUGGCUGAACGUGAGGAUCAAAUGAGCAAGAGCCUCUUUGUUGGCUUCACAUUUAGGCAUCGCAAACCUGCUACAGAAGACGGAGCUAGCCCUCGGAAACGCAUUCCGACUGACGAGUCAUUUGGGACGAUGUUCUAGGACGGGCCUCAAUAUUUCCAAAGGACGUUGGGUUGGCGUGGAUUCGUCAACCGAGGGAAGGCCCUCUUGUGAAGCAGCAAUGGCGAUCUACUCUAAUAGCUGUCAAUCAGUGUUUUAACGAUGUGGCACUUAUGCCAUGAUGAUGGAGACUUUGAUCACCCCUCCGUUACUUUCCCAUUACUUUUCGACGUUGCUGUAUUACCACUUUUGAUCAUGUAUUCAGGGCUGUUGUUUUGACAGUCUGGUCUUUUUUCUCUUCAUUACGGCAGGCAGGAGUUUGAUACGGGCCAGGUUCAUGUAUGCGGUCCAGUGGAAAGGAGUCUGAUUGUGGCCAGACUUCAGGGAACAGUUGCAGUCAUGUAUGUAUGUUUGGAGAAUGGGACUACUUCUCCGACCCCUACUUUAGCGGGCAUAAGGUUAGGGAAUAGAGUGAAAACACAAGUGGCAAACCCAAUACAAUCGUACAAGUUUAGUU